CUCAUUCUACACAGGAGCAGACAAGAGAUAGAGAAAUGGAACGUGAAUUGUACAAAAGAAACCUGGAGGAGUUGCAGAGGGUGGUGGUGGAGAUGAGGAGAGAGAUUGUGACCGUACGAACGGAGGCGCAAGAUAAAUUGAACCUUCAACGGCAGAUCACUGAGCAAGUGAUGGGGCAGUGGCAGGAGCUGGAGAGGAGGAGAGCUGCGACCCAGAAGGAACAAAAUCUACAGCUCAGACAGAUCAUUCAGAGCAUUGAAGAGGAAAGGAGAACAGCAGAGGUGGAGGAGAAGACCAGAGAGGAGGCCAUGAGGCAGAAAGCUCAGGCCCUGAAGAAGCAGCACGAGGAGGAGAGGGAAGCGCAGGAGAGCAAAAUACAGACCCUGCAGGAAAGGCUGGCUGCUUUGCAGGAGGAGAAAACGGAGGCACGCCGCGUUAACAUCAUCGGUGAGAAAAGGAGAAAAGCUUUCCUGAAGAAAGCCAGGGCCCUGAGGAGGAAACAUGAGGAAGAAAGGCAAGCGCAGCAGCAGAAGAUCAACCAUCUGCAGGCAAGGCUCGCCGCUCUGGAGCUGCAGAAGAGGGAGGCACCCCUUGAUGGACAGCCGAACAACAUGGCCAGCCCACCAGACUUUGAGUCUGAGAACACCUCAAGAGUGAGAGAAGUCAGAGAGUCAGAGAACACCUCAAAAGUCCUCCUUCAGACCGCAUUGAUUGGCAAGAGGGCACAGGAAGACCAUGUGAUCAUCGAUAUGGAGGGUGUCAGUGACAGCCAGGAGGAAAUCCCUCAGGGGCCAAAGCCAAGCUCUAUGCUGAGCUGGAUCUCAAGGAUGCUGGGCUUUGGAGGCCACUGAGAGCCGAGGACCAAAACACACACACACACACACACACACACACACACACACACACACACACACACACACACACACACACACACACACACACACACACACACACACACACACGCACGCACGCACGCACGCACGCACGCACGCACACACACACACACACAGUCACUCACUCAACAAAAACAUGCGCACUCCACUCAACACACACACGCACAAUCCACUCAACACGCACACUCCACUUAACAUGCACACACUGCUCAACGCACACACACAACACUCACCAAAACCAACACACACACACAC